AUACCAGACAUUUUAUGAUGCGCUCCAUCCUCAAUUUUCAGUUCGCUCUGAAGUUGAUGUCUUUCGUGUAAUUCGAUCUAACCUAUAAGAAAAGUAUUCGUCACGUUUUCUGAAUGGUUUAUUAGAUAAAAGUUCGUGGAAUCUAAUCGAAAAUGUCUUGGUUAUUUGGAUAUGGUCGAGGAAAUCAGCAGCCACAGCAGCCUGAUCUGUCCCAAUUCGGGAUCCCAUCGCAGCAGGGCGGCGGUGCCGGGGGUGCUGGAGACCCAAAUGACCCCAACUUGAGCAAAGCUGAGAAGAAAGUUAUGGAAGCGUACAGGUUUGAUUCAUCGGCUUUGGAAAGAGCUGCUCAGGCAGCCAAGGAAUUGGAGAAAUCAAAAAAUGCAAAGGAAGCUUUGGAAUUGUCAAAGCUGCAAGAGGUUACAAGGCAACACGAGUACCAGUCCAAGAUCAAAGAAUAUGAAGCGCAUAUUGCACAAAUGCAAGUUGAACAAAAGAAAACUGAGGGAGAAGAGAAGAGAAAGUAUCUUCAAGAAGAAACCAGGCAACAUCAAAGUCGAGCUCAGUACCAAGAUCAACUGUCUAGGAAAAGAUAUGAAGAUCAGUUGGCUCAACAACAAAGACAGAAUGAGGAUAAUCUGAAAAAGCAAGAGGAAUCGGUUGCUAAACAGGAGGCCAUGCGUAAAGCCACUAUUGAACAUGAAAUGGAUUUGAGACAUAAAAAUGAAAUGAAGAGGGUGGAAGCUGAAUUGAAAGCCAAGGCUAAAGUAGAUAGGGAGAAUAGAGAUUUGACUUUGGAGCAAAUCCGUUUAAAAGCAUCUGAGCAUAGGAUCACAAUUAUGGAAGGAAUCAAGACUGCAGGCACAGUUAUUGGUCAAGGUGCUCAAGCAAUGUUGACAGACUGGAAUAAGGUUGCCACAGCAGCUGCAGGUUUUUCUCUAUUAGCUUUAGGUGUUUACACAGCGAAAGGUGCAACUGGCGUCAGUGCCCGUUACAUUGAGGCGAGGUUGGGAAAACCAUCUUUAGUACGCGAGACCUCAAGGUUCUCAUUCUUGGAAGCUUUGAAACAUCCUUUUGAUACGUUGAAGCAAAUGCGUGCAAAACAAUCUGAUGCUCUGUCUGGUAUCAUAUUGGCUCCUCAAUUGGAGGAAAGACUGAGGGAUAUUGCAAUUGCCACUAAAAAUACAAAACAUAACAAAGGCUUAUACAGGAACAUACUUAUGCAUGGUCCACCUGGAACAGGUAAGACCAUGUUUGCCAAAAAGCUAGCCAAACAUUCCAAUAUGGAUUAUGCGAUAUUGACUGGAGGUGACAUUGCUCCUAUGGGAAGGGACGGUGUUACUGCUGUGCACAAAGUGUUUGACUGGGCCAACAGCACCCACAAAGGUUUGAUCCUUUUCAUUGACGAAGCUGACGCUUUCCUGAGGAAACGUUCAUCAGAGAAUAUAUCUGAAGAUCUUAGGGCGACUUUGAACGCCUUCCUGUAUCGUACCGGCGAACAAAGCGGUAAAUUCAUGAUGGUUUUGGCUUCCAACACUCCCGAACAAUUCGAUUGGGCUGUCAACGAUCGUUUGGAUGAAAUGGUCGAAUUUGAUAUACCUGCAAUUGCAGAGAGGGAACGUUUAAUUCGUUUGUACUUUGAUAAAUUUGUUCUCCAACCUGCCUCCGAGGGAAUCCGUAGACUUAAAGUGGAUAACUUCGAUUACAGCGCAUUGUGUAGCAAGAUGGCCAAGAUUACGGAUGGUAUGUCUGGAAGAGAGAUCGCUAAGUUGGGUGUUGCAUGGCAAGCAGCGGCCUAUGCGUCCGAUACUGGAAUCUUAACAGAAAAAAUGGUACUUGACAGGUGUUAUGAUGCUAUUAAACAGCACAAACAGAAGGUUGAAUGGCAGUCUGAGCAAGAGCGCAGGGAGGCUAAGAGCAUAUACCAUUCUGAAAAGGAAGACUCUUAUAUUCCGAUACUGGAAGGCGACGGUAAAGCAAAAUAAAUUAUGUGUUCAGAAUAGUAGAUUAGUUGGAUUUGGUCCGAUACACUUUAUGUCCUGGCUAGCGAAAUAUUUCUCAUCGUUGCGUGCUGGCUACGAUUUUAAGUUUAACUGAUCAGAUACACUUUUAAAUGAGGUUUAGUCUAGUUUUCAUAUUUUGUUCCUAAUAGAAACUGUACAUUUUUUCUUUACACAAUAUGAAGAUGCAUUUCAUACUUGAUAAAUCUUUUGCGACAUUUAUUUGUUAUUGUUUCAAAAUGUCGCAUCAGUGAAUCCAUCUAUUAUUUUUUAUAUAUAUAUAAUUUAUUACACGAUAAUCUUUGUAUAUUUUUUUAUUGAACCAUGUAAAUUACAUGUUAUAUAAUAUUAAAGUGAAAACAUAUUGACGAAUGCAAAUUACGAGAAUUUAUAUUAAAGUCUCUGCAUUUCAUUAAUACAUUGUAAAAAAAAAUAUAAAAAA